AACUUAGAAAAUCAUGUGUGUAUGUCACAUGUCAGUAUCCAAACGUACUUGCUAGACGAAUGAAAUGAUAAUCUGACAUGAUGACAUCAUCAAGCGCGCAAAACUUGAAUCGACAAUGUACUACUUUCCUCGACAGAACAGGGAGCUUUUCAAAACAGAAGUUUGUGCACCUUCACCUUUUGACCUCUGUAGGGCCAAAUCUCAUUGAGUUAAUAUUCAUGCGCACUACUACUACAUGGAAACUCCUGCAGGCAUCCUGCGCUUGUUGAGCACUGUCUGUAACGAGAUUACCCCCAGAAUUUCGCCGAUUUUCGCCAUUUUUGCUCAGAAAUGUGAGGUGACCACUGCAGCAUGGGAAUAGAGUAUCGCGAGGAACUUGUUGGCAAGCGAUUCCUCUGCGUCAACGGCCCGGGCAAGUUAAAAUUGGGCAAAAUUUCCGAGUGGUGUUGGCGAGCUGGAGUGAUACGCGCCGUUCUGGAUAACGGUAACACGGAUGCCAGUAAUGAAGAAUGCACGAAUUGCCCUCCCUCUCCCCGGGAAGUGCUGGAUGUUGAUGUCUGUAUGGUACAGGUGUAUGUGGAGUUUGAUGGUCUAGACUGGCAAAAGCGUGAGUGGUUACGUGUUCAGGAUGAGGCCCAUCAGGUGUUUCUGGUAGAGAAGACCAUAGUGUGGGGACAGCGCAUUGACCCGUAUAGCUCUCGCCCCAGCAACAUCCUCUGGCCAGCCCUGAACUUCGAGAUUCUAGUUGACCGUGUUGGCCUGUCCAACAGUAACUCCCAUCCAUUAGAAUUCUUCCUGGACAGACACUUGCUCUGUUUGAAGAAGGACGACAUCCGCCCUUUUGAGGACGACAACCCUAAAACUGCCCAGCAUCCUGUGUUCCAGCGCUACACUGAGGUGAAAGCAGAGGUGGAUAAAUGGCUGCAUGAGCAGAAAGUGCAGCACAUAUUGAUGAAAGCGCCCUACCCCCUUACUGGGUAUCGUGUGCAAGUCUACCGCCUUGGCUCUACCACCCAGUGGUUCUCAGCUGUCAUUACUGGUCAUGAUCUCUACACAAGGGAGUUGGUUGUAAUGGAUGACACAGUGCUGGAGAGUCACACAGAGAAUCCAGCUCUUGUCCAGAUGGUCUUUCUUGAUGAUGUGGUGAGUUCCUUGCUAAAGGGGGAGAAUGUUGGCAUAACCCCUCGCCGCAGAGUCAACACAGCUAAUACAACACAAGCAACAAACACGGGUACAUUUUCGAGACCAGCUCCCCGAAGCCACAGCCCAGCAGGUCAGCCACCAAACCAGCAACCCCUGCCCAGCAAGAAGAAGACUCCACGUUCUAAAUUAGCUGAUGUCCCAGAAGUCGAAAAAGACAAGGACAAAGACAAGGAGGAAAAAGAGAAAGACAAAGAUAAAGAGAAAAUUACCAAGGAGAAGUCAUCCAGCAACCACAAGUCCAAGAAGGAUCGAAAAAGGAAAGCGUGUGACCCCAUUGCACCUGAAGAUCCUAAGAGACUUGUGACCUCACCCAAAAGGCCUCUGUCUCACUCAGCUAGCUCAGAGUUGUCACUGGACAAGGAGAAGGUGAAGGAAAAAGAGAAGGCGCCCGAGGGAGCAAAAUCCGGAGGUGAAGAACCAAACUCCAAAGAGGAGAAGAAGAGCGAAAAGACUCAGACAAAAGAAGAGAAGAAGGAGGCAAAGAGAGAGAAGGAGGAGAAACGGGAAGGCAAGGAGGAGAAGAAAUCCAAGGAGGAGAAGAAAGAGAAAAAGGAACGCAAGCACCACCACCAUCACUCCUCGCGCUCGCCAGAUCACGAGAAGCACUCCAGCCGCCACCGCAGCAAAUCGCGCAAGCACAGCAACGAGGAUAAAAAAUCUGAAACCAAAGAUAACGCUGGCCUUGUGUCUGGUGACAGCAGGGACAUUGUGCACACAGAGCGGAAACAUCACAAAAGCAAGCACAGGUCCAAAACCCGGGAGACCAAAUCCAAAGGUGAAAGUGAGCCAUCUUCAGCAGACAGCCAACAGGAGGUGCCCACAUCCAUUGUUGUUGAACCCCCAGGUCAACAGAGCUCUAACACAAGUAUAUUUACAUCGGCGACUGUGCCAAGUGUUACAAGCUUUUUUUCGCAGUGUGUUGAGAACAUUAUAACACGGGAGGUGACUCGGGAUUUGGAAAGGAGGGAACAGCAGUUUCCUCAGAGCAAAGACUCAACAUCCCGAGCAUGGGAACCACCUCGAGUGCCAGAUCCUACAGGAGCCAACUUGUUUCAUUUUGAUGAUGCAACAAGCGAGAGCACAGUUGGUUCUGUGACAGCCAGGACUGCCUCAACUAUCACUACCUCCACUAUACCAGCCACUGCCCCGGUUGUAUCCACUACUCUGAACUCUGUCAAUGUCAACCCAUCAGCAGUUUGGACUAAUCCAGCACCUAAUCCUGUCACUGUCAUUUCCAAACUCAAUCCUGUCAGUCAGAAUUUUGAUGCAGAGUCAGUCACUGCACCUCCUUCCUCUGAGCAAAAGUCACCCUUGAGAGAAGAGGGACCGAGUGUUGAACCAAAGGCAGCAGGUGAAGAGGAAGAGAAAACUGUAGCUGUUCCAGGCAAAGAUUCCAAGUCAGACUCUGAAAAGCAGGAAGAAGAGAACGGGAGUGGUGAGCCCAAGACUGUAACCUCAAAAUCAUCAUAUGAGACCGAAGAACUAAAGGACCCCAGGCAGGAGUCUGAUAAUUCUGAAUCUGAUUCAAGGAAGGAGACCCGCUCCAAAAGUCCUUCAAGUGCCAAAGCGCCCCUGUACACAUCGGAACCAGUUCAAGUGUAUCGGGACCCAAAUCUGGUGGAUUCCUCAGUCACACACAUUGAAUCAAUCCAGCACUUCCGCCAUCUAAGUAGGGAGCACACCCCAUCCCCCAGCCACAAGAUCUUAGGCCCCUCGCCCCACAGUACUCUCCGUGCCACACCCACAGGUAUUGGAGUCAAACCCAGUGCAUUUGUGCCUUCUGCAGGGACCAUCCCGUCAGCGGGCCACAUUCCAGGACAUCCCUCCUUACAACGCCGUCCAAUGUUUUCCCAGGUUCACAUGUACCCUCACCCACUGACGCCCCAUGGACUGUCCUCCUAUGCUGCCACCCCACACCUGGCAGCCCUGGAACAGCAGCACCUGCACCCCUCCCACGUGGCAGGGUUCAUCCAUCAGGAUACCAUUGCUCGCCUGAGACCUCAACUAGGCUACCCCACUCUCAUCAGCCCUCAGCUGCUGGCUCAGCUCCAGGCGCAAGGGCUACACCCAGGUGGGAUGUCGGCAGCUCAGCUGCAGGCGCUGUGGCAGCAGCAGCAGCAGCAGCAUGCUGCUUCCAUGGGAUUGCCCACAGCUUGGGUGGUGCACCCCGAGGAGCUCAGCCACCUACACCACUCGCAGCAGCAGCAACAACAGCAACAGCAGCAGCAGCACCAAGAGAAGUCACAGCAGGCUCAGGCACAGGGGCAGUCACACCAAGACAGCAAGUUGCACACACCUCGACCAACCUCGCAGCCUCCUCCUCACAAAGCAGUGCCUGCACCACAUGACAAUGGACGGGAUACCACAGUUAGACAUUACCAGGAAUACCCGCCCUCUGAUGCCCAGGCACUAGUGCAGCGUCAUUUCCAGGAGUCGUUGCGCAAGCUGCAAGUACCGUUUUCAUUUAACACCUCUGCUACCACCAGCUCUGUGGGGAGUAUCACGACAGGGACGGCCAUACCCAAGCGGGAGGGCCACACGCAUGUUGCGGACUCUGAGUCUGCCGACCCAGAGGAACGUGUGAGACGAGAGCGAGAGGAGAAGGAACUGGAGUGGCAGAGACUUCAACGAGAAAAGGAGAUGAAGCAGCAACGGGAAAGGGAGCUGGAGAGGAGACUACAGCCAGAAAAGGGACAGCACUCCUUGAGUCAAAUGGAGAGGGACCGUUACCUUAAGAUGCACUCCUCUGGUGAGCAAGCUCGGAUGCAUGAGGACCAACUGUACAGAAAGGGAUUCCUUGGCCGGACUACGGAGGGUGAGUGCCUACAGAGGCACGAGAAAGACCAUGCUACACCUUCAGAACUCAUGAAACUGAAAACAGAAGAAGGUCAUGUCAGAGAGGGCCAUGGUUUCAAGGUCUAUCAUCCUUCUCCCAAACCUGAUGGGCAUAUAGCCUAUUAUGGUACAGUACCAGCAAGAUAUGAGGACUCCCGCUCUGGGGUACCAGUACGGACUGAGCAGUCCAAACAUAUGCAUGCCUUCCAUGUCAAGAGUGAACCACCAACUGGAUAUCACCCAUUCUCCCAUGCUAUGACCAGUAGUCACUCCGAGAAGACUGGCCUGGAAGGAGAUUCGGCUGCCAGUGAUAGCAAACCCAGCAUUGCGUUCUUAACCCGGACUGCUGACCCCCUGAGGACGGGGAGUAUAACUGCUGGAAUUCCCAUCAAAGCAGUAGGUGCCUCCCGCAAGGACAUCCCGACCCCGCCGCCUCUGCGUAGAGAUCCAGAGCCUGGCAAAGCAGCAGAGAUGGCACUGCACACGUGCGCGGUUCAGGGCAGGGAUAACCUGGGACAUCAGCCAACAUACACAGUCGCUGGAGGUUCCUUGCAGCACCCCUCCUCGCAGCCCAGCAAAUCGGCCUAUGUGAAGGAUGGCGUGGAUCACCGGGUUGGCGACUGUGCUCACAAUGUGCCUGUCAUUGUGCACAGCUCUAUUGGGAAGCCCCCUCCCCUACAGGGCCAGUCUGUUCAGAGCUUGGCAACUUCAAAUCGUAGCACUGGCCUACAGCCGCAAUCACCAUUACGUGUGGCAACUCCUCAGCAGCUCUCCGCUGCUGCCCUGCAGUCAAUCGAUUUACAGAAAUCUGGGAAGUCACCUUCUGGGUAUCCCCAAUCUACAUCGCAUUCCCUCUAUUCUCUGCAAUCAGGGCACACGUCCCUUCUCAUGUCUGCCUUAAGGCCAAAUGAUGGUGGCCGGCCAAGUGAUUACCAAUCACCAAUGGAUUCAUCCAGAGGCACAGAUGCCCCUCCUGCAAAACGUAAAUUGAGUGGAUCAGGCACAGGGACGAAACGCAAGCACCCAAAGGUCAAAGGGAAGCAACCAGAAACUGGUGAUGAGGUCAGUCCUGCCUCAAACUCAAACUCUGAAGACAGGAAACCCACUGGGGCCUUCUUUGCUGAAUCCUACAAAUCGUUUGUCAACGAUGCACGUAACAGUCAGAUAACGGGUUCUGCUCCUGAAGCCUUCAGUCGCGAGACCGGGAACAAUGAGAAUAUUGAACUGAAAAUUGAAAAAGUGGACCAGUACCGUCUAGGUCUUGAGCCCUCAGGUCCUGUGUCUUUGUUCAGUGAUCGAAUCAAUAAUGGAGCAAUGUCAGACAGUGACAGUACACGAUCCUGCUCCCCAAAGGCCACGGGCAGCGAGUCAUCUGAUGGCCGGAGUGUCAAAACGGCCUCGCCCAACCGGCCUGGCGGACAUGUGAACCUAAAGAAGAAAUGGCUGCAGCGUCACAAUACCUCCACAAUCAACCCGUCCAGUGGCACAACCAGUACUCUAACAGAGCGCAAACUGUACGAGCUUGGUGUUAAAACACCCAACAGUGACUCUCUGAAACUGAUGGAAUCUCAACCCAAGGAGAGGCUGUCCCAGGCCAUCCCCAACGGCCACAUGCAACAGGCUGGCGGCUACCUCAGCAGUAGGGGUGGGGACAAGCCCCUCAACGCUGUCACCCUCGCAGACAUUCCAAAGAGCAGUGUCCCCGACCAUGUCUACGAUUUUGACAACUCGUCUACGUGCUCGGACAGCUCCACUACCUCCAAGGGCCGCAACAAGCGGGGCCGUGAGUCCAAACACUCCAAGAAGCACCGGGACCGCAAGAGACACUCCAGUGACCACAAGAGCAAACACCAGAAUGACAGUGGAAAAGACGUGGUUAAAGGUCGAAGCAAUGCAGUCCUGGACAAAGAACCUACUGAGGAGAAUGAAUAUGACAUAUACAAAAACUUCAAUGUACAUUCAGAAGGAGAUAGACCAGCAGAAAUAAAGUCCCAGAUACCAGCUGUGAUGGAUAGAUUGCUUCUGGCCCCCAAGAAACGCAUUGUCACCCGAGCACGUAAGGAAAAGGAUAAAUUUGAUGUGCUGAAUGUGAGCCGUGCCCUGGUCAAGCCCUCCAUCUCUAAGCUUAAGAAGACAGGAGAGCCCUUCCUGCAGGAUGGCGCCUGCUGUGACGUCACCCCGAGCUUGAUGAAGUGCCGGGAAUGCCGCAUGAAGCCCAGCUCCAGGCAGUCCAAGAUCAAUAUCUUCUGCCGCUUCUAUGCAUUCAGAAGACUGCGCUACUCUAAAAAUGGCAACUUGACCAUUGCUGGGUUUUCGGAGCCCAGCCAUUGCAAGCCUGAGGAUCUGACGCCGUGGUUGCCCUACCCCCCUGACACUGAUUGCCCUCUUGACGUUGAGACAUCCAAGUACAUCCUGAAGAAGGUUGGGGACCAGUUCUGUGAGCUGGUCGAGCAAGAGCACCAGGCUAAAUCCUGGAGUACUGCACCAGGUAAAAUUGCCUGGAAGAGAGCAGUUACAGGUGUGCGGGAGAUGUGUGACACCUGUGACACAACACUGUUCAACAUUCACUGGACCUGCUCAAAGUGUGGCUUCGUGGUGUGCCUCGACUGCUACAAGCAGAAACACCCAAAUCACAAAGCCAAGUACAAGGGUAAGCCUGCGCUGGCGUGGCUGAAGUGCAUCAAGGACCAGCCCCAUCAGCCAGAGAGCCUGAUACUCACACAGAUCAUCCCUGGCACUGCACUCUGGGAUGUGGGUAUGCUGGUUCACCAGAUGCGGACCAGGUGGAACAUUACUUGCUCAUGCCCCUGUAGUAAGAGAGCACUCAACAAUUCACCUGACAAAGUGCCUGCCAUCAACGGCCUCUCUCCGGUGGUAGUCAAUGACAAAACGCCCAGUGAGUCAGGCAAGAGUGAACCCAGUGAUUCGGGACAGUCCACGCCUGUCCACAGCAACUCACGGAGCCCCAAGGCACCCAAGUUGACCUCCUUUCCUUCAGCCUCCCCGCUGGACGUUCUAGCUAAUGUUGCCUCCUCAGCACAGUCCGAGAGCACCAAAUGCUUUACCAAUUCCUCCUCGCCCAAAUCCUAUGAGUUGUCACUGCCAGACACCAAGGCAGUCACCAUGACCACAGACAAGGUGGUCCGCGCCGACACCGAAUCUGCCAAGAGUGAGAGCUGCUCUAAGCUGCGGGAGCUCCUGACCAAGACUGCUGGUAAGUUGGGACGCCCGUCGGGAGGGGUGGAUGGAUCAGCCUACCUCAUGACGGCAUUCCUCCCAAAAGGGGACAACACCAACAAGAAAUCCACCCGGACCAUGACCAGUACAUUCGAAGACAUCAUCGCCACCGUUGUGGAGCAGAACAUUUCAGCACCAACACUGAACAAACACGACCGGGGUCCUGUCAAGACACCCACUCGACCGGCCAGCCAACAGACCAUGGCCGUUGAGCUGCCAUCCAGCAUUUACACCAGUCCGUCCGUCAAGCCAGACUCACCUUCCACAGUCACCGUGAAUGCAGGCACCGAGGCCAUGCUGCCCCAAGUAAGGCAAACCUUGACAGAGUCCAGCGUAGAAUAUCCAGAUGUGCCUCACUCAUGGCUAUGUGAUGGCCGGCUGCUGAGGCUACAUGACGCCUCUCACAAGGGAAACCUCAGAAUCUUCCAGGAGCAGUGGAGAAGAGGAGUGCCUGUACUGGUAAGUGGUGUCCGUAAGCUGCUCGACGAGAGACUCUGGCAUCCUGUAUUCUUCAACCAGAAAUUCGGGGAGCUGCACAAUGAUCUGAUUGACUGCAGCACAGGCAGUGUCAUCCAAGGAGCACCCAUGAAAGACUUCUGGGACGGCUUUGAGGAUAUUCAAAAUCGCCUAGAGACCAAGCAGGGUCAGCCCUUGAUCCUCAAGCUGAAGGACUGGCCACCAGCUGAAGACUUUGCCGAGUUGCUGCCGGAUCACUUCCAAGACUUAAUGAAAAACCUGCCACUGCCUGAAUACACACGAAGGGAUGGACGUCUCAACAUCUCCUCCCGACUGCCAGAUUUCUUUGUCAAACCAGACUUGGGACCAAAGAUGUACAACGCCUACGGUCUUGCGAUUCGUCCCAAGGAGGGCACCACCAACCUUCACCUGGAUAUCUCGGAUGCCGUGAAUGUCAUGGUGUACGUCGGCGAGGACAAGGCAGGCCAGAAUGGCAAGGUAGCCACUGAGAUCAACCAAGACAUCCUGGACGCCAUUGACGAGGUCUGCCGGGACGAGCAGACGCGGCAGCGGGCACGGGAGAGCGGCGAGCGGCCCGGUGCCAUCUGGCACCUUUUCCACGCUGAUGAUGCAGUCAAGAUUCGGGAGCUGCUGACUACAGUGGCCAGGGAGCAAGGCCAGGAGGUGGCAGAGGACCAUGACCCCAUCCAUGACCAGAGCUGGUACCUGGACGAGGGGCUGCUGGACCGGCUCCACAAGGAGUACGGGGUGCAGGGCUGGCCUAUACUGCAGUGCAUGGGGGAUGCUAUCGUCAUUCCAGCUGGUGCACCUCACCAGGUGAGGAACCUGCAUUCCUGCAUCAAAGUGGCAGAGGAUUUUGUCUCACCGGAGCAUAUCUCCAGGUGUUUCCAGCUCACCCAGGAGUUCCGGCGUCUGAGCGACAGCCACUCCAAUCACGAGGACAAGCUGCAGAUCAAGAACAUUAUCUUCCAUGCAGUCAAGGACGCGGUAGGGGUCCUGAUGAGCCAGGAGAAACAGCAGCAAGCUGCCGGUGACUCUCCGCGAUGACAGGAAAUCAUUGGGAGUUAAGACGUGUUACCAUCCAAGAGUGGGCUGUCCUGUUACCUGAAAGAUGAAAACUUGUCAGUGCAGAGAAAAAAUGCCCAUUGCUUUUCCUGUACCUUUCCUGUAUGAUGGGUCAGUGUGGGAAGGACCCUCAGGCAUUUUUUGACAGUUUGGGUGUCUUAUGGAUAAUUAGGAGGGACUAAGAUUGUGGUUGUACUUCAUGAAAUUUACUUUCUUCUUGUGCUCUGUGGGCCAAUGGGUCAUGACAAGAUUUCUUGUAAAAGUCACUUGGGCAUGUCUUCAGGCUAGUAAAUUGUGAGCAGUGAUGCAAAAGUGUGAUCUCUUGAGGAAGGAGUCUCUCGGAAACAGAAAAUGUUUGGAUACUAUCAAAGUGGGCCACACUCACUUUAACUUUUCCACGCCACCUAUCUGCAUUUCACAACUUUCAAGCUGUGACUUUUUUUGUUGAUGGGGAGAUGUGUCAAUGUUUAUAUGUUGACCAAUCACUUCUUGGUAGCUACAGUAGAGGAUUUGAGGGGGAAAUGUAUUGAUUCAACAGAAGUGAAUUAUUUGACACGUGUAACUGAUCCAUGUGAUCAUUUGGUUUGGGGAGACAAUUGAAUGCACCAGUAAUAUGCUGUUUUUAAGUCGACCAUUCGUCACACAAUAGAAAAAUUUGCUGAACAGAAAAAGAAUUACUUGAAGUAUCACAGCUGCCCAUGUGAAGAGCUGUUGAACUGAGUGCACCUGUGUUAACUUUUGCUAACAGUUCUAGUAAUUCUUCUUGUGCCGUAUGGCAUGAUUAUGCUUGUAAUUAGACCAUGAUUGGAGGGCAUGCAAGACAUCCAUUGGAUGUCCUUUCAAGUUAUCUUAGUGAUGAAACUCAAGUUCUGUUGGGGAUGGGGAGACAUAGUUAGCAUCAAGGUUGAUCUCCGAAGAUAGUGAGAACUUUCAGUACGUUGUGUAACAUGGCAAGGACAUUUUCUCAGUCAGGUUUGGUAAAAAGAAUAAUGUACAUAGUUAGCAGGCAUACAGCCGUUGAUUUGUACCAUGCUGACAGAAUGGAGAAAGUGUUGGACAUUACUCGUUUCUAAAGGAGACAUGCAGCUCUUGGGGCAUUUAUCUGUUUCAGUGUGUGGUUUGUAGUUGUCAGUUUCAAAGUAUGAAGCUCUUUUCGUGUGUUUAUUCCAGAUGUGUGAAGUUUGUUGAUUUUUCACAUUGCCCAAAAAAGAUUGUGCCAGUUUUUCGUUCUCUCUUGGGUUCAAUUUUUCCAUCGUGCUGUUUCUCCAUCCACAUUUGUGUGGGAUUCCUUUAUGCCAUUGAUGUAUGAUAUCAUUAGUCUUAGCUCUUGGUUUUGUUUUGGGUGAUGAAAGUAACUUUUAGAGAAUCUUGAGACUUGCUGCUCAUUUCAUGUAAGUGAGCAAUUUGAGUAAAAUAACACUGCAGGGUGUAGUUCAGGAUUACAAAUUCUAGUUACCACAGUAGACACGAAUUCAAAAUCUCUAGCACAUUGUAGUCUUUUACUGUUCGAUGAGAAACGUUACUGGUACUUGUGGGAAGCCUCGAUGACGUCUUGGCGAUGCAGAAGUUACAAAGAAGAUAAACACAGCAACAUUCCAUUUUUAUUUUUUUCAUCAACACUACUUGAGUUUGCCAUUUAAAAUAUUUGACUAACUGUUCUGAUGUUGGGCAAAACCACAGUUCAUUUUAAAUGUGGUUUAAUUUAAUCACAGUUCUGCACUCUUGCAGUGUUGUAUUUCAUUGUAUUCCCUGAAAGUGAAGAAGUUAAUUCGCAGAAGUUAUUUUUUGAAAUAUUCAUGCUAUUAAAGUCAUUUCAGCUGGGAAAUAGCAGAAAUGACAAUUGUCCUACCACAGCACAUCCACCCUCUUCCAAUACUUUUUAUCCACAUGUAAGAUUGUGUUUUGCUGUAAAUUUACUCUGAUCUAUUUCUGUAAUGUUAUUACAAGAUGUUACUUUCCAUACUGGUUAUUCAGUUGAAAGUUAUAUAUAUAUAAAUUGUGCACAUUUUAAGCCGUGUUUAGUUAUUGUGGACUGAUAUUUCUUCACAGUGCAAAAAUUGUGCUGUUAGCAUAUCAAAUGUACCUGUAAAACCCAAUGCAAAGAUAGAGGGUACAGUGGCUUGCAAAGCUGGAAAUAUCUCCCUGUAUGAUGACCUUUGUCUGUUGCUCUCAUUUGUGAGUACAGAGGUUGUAAAAAGAUGGCAUGUACUCAUUUUCUGAGGAAUUCUAGUGAUUUCAAGAAGUUUAAAUUGUAGAAUGAUUAUAGAAAACAGUUCAAGCUGUGCUUGACUGGUUGGAGGUCUGUCCAAUUUUACUGCCUUAGCGGAAUUAAAAACAACUAGGUGAUGAAAUGAUAGGAAUUGUUAGAUUGAUAAACUGAAACUGGAUUCAGUUUAAGUGCCCUUGGAAAUUUUUUCUCUGUACAUAUCUUGUAUAUGAACAAAAAUUGUGCGUAGUGUGUAUGUAUGUACAUUGAUUUAUUACUGGGGUUUUUUUUAGCGUGGGGGGGGGGGGAAUUUGUACAAACUACUGACCGUACAUGCGAUAUUGUUUGUUUAGGAUGGCACAGUAGGUUCAUGAUGCAUCAUUAGUAGUAAUGAAUCUGUUGUUGGAGUAGGUGAUUUUUUUUUCCUGUUUAUCCAGUGUGAACAAGGGGAUGAAACUGAGUGAGUUUGCCUUUGUAGUGUUUGUACAUGUAGUGAGUUGGAUAUUACAGCUAAGUUUUCUGAGAUUAGUCUUAACAAAAGAUAAAUACUCUGUCAUUUCACCUUGAUCUGUGUCUGGUGUGCAUGGCAUUCUGGGUAAUGCAGUGCACUCGAGGUGAAGUGAACUGUUCUCCUGAUCCUCCAUAUCACUUGUGUAGCUGUGCUGUAUAUAUGUCACAUAGUGUUAUUUUUAUAUGAAAGAAAAAAUAGAUUAAUUAAGUCAGGCUUAAAAACAAAGGGUGCGGAUGAGGUUGCAGUGUGACAUCACCAACACCAACCUCCAUCCGGAAAAAAAAAACAAAACAAGAAGCUAUGUACAGUUGAAAAUAUGUGAAUACACGCACCCUAUUUUAUCAGAGAUAAAAAAACAAACAAAAAUUUAAACUAUCUGUAUGCAUGGCUUGGCUUGCUAGAGCUCAUUAUUGAUAUAAAAAUUGUUACAUGAAGGAAAAAAUACAAAUCUUAAAAUUA